AUGACAGAUGAGUUUGCCAGAUUGUUCACUGUGCGGGUAGUGGCGAGGAUAUCGGAUCCAGAGGAGAUGCGGUCGUCAUUUGAUGAUGAUGAUGAUGAGGGAGGUGGAGACAAGGAGGAUGAUGAAGAUGUUGAUAAGGAGAGCAUAGAGGAAAAGAAAGAUGCUUCUACUAAGCAACCAACAUAUAACAUUGGGGUUGAAACACAAACAGACAAGGUAGAACAAGUAGAGCACUCAGUGGAAACAUUGGACAGUAGAAUGGCUACUAGUAAUAUUGAUGCUAGCACAGAGAAACCCAUAAAGACAGUAAUAGAGACAUUGACAGUGGAUAACUUAGAAAAACAAAUAGAGAAACAAGCAGAGAAACUAACAGAGUCACAGGUGGCUAAAUCAAAUGGUCAGCAACAAAAUAUUGAGCAGGAGAAGACCUCUCAAUAUGAAUCUUAUAUUGCUUCAGUCAAUGAUCCUCUUAUUUCUGCUGAAAAUGAUCCAAUUGUAGCAGUGCUUUCAGAACAACAAGAACAUGAAGUAUUGGACUAUGUUGAAGAGCAAGAUACUGUGCACAUUUCAAUGCCAGUAAAUCAACUAGGACAAGAAAAGGAGGAUAAUGAUGAUGAAGUGUUCAACUUCAUAACUACUGAACUUCCUUCUUUUUAUGAUCAAGAUGAAGAAGUUAUGCAUACAUAA